AUGCGAUCCAUGGCGAAGCUUCCCCUUGCGCUCACUCUCCUUGCUCUGCCAUUAGCGAGUGCUCAAUACACCGCCACAUACACCGUUGGCGACCUCCCAAAUACAUCUCAGCAAGGUCAAAGCGGUACCAACAACUGUGGAACGACCGACUCUCAGACCUCAGAGUGUCAGAAUGUUUUCCUCAACUCUGUCAAUGACUUUUGUCUAUGGGGACCUCCCUCUAAUCACAGUGAUGAAGGCAACGGAAGCGCAGAUAUCGGCAACGUCGAGCAGGUCGUCGUCAGUUACUGCUUGAAAGAUGGCUACGGAACGCGAUUGAUCCCCGAUGGAACCAUCUCAUCGGCCCACUUCGUCAAGGUCGUCAGUGAGAAUGUGUCGUAUGUCCAGGUCUCCGGAACUGGUGAUAUGACCAAGAUCCUCAUUCCGGAGGGCGAUUGGGGUGGAGAGCUCGAUCCUCACUCCUGGACCGGUCUUGGUAACCCCCAAGGAGGUUUGGUGUUCACCAACGCUUUCACCGGCCAAUACGAACAAACCCACGAGUGGACUUCCUUCAUGUCAUAUGUCGACUUCUGUUUCAGAGCUUGCCAAGAUGGACCCAAUGCACCCGGUUACUGCGAACAUAUUUACGACACCUUGGGCUGUUCCUUCACAAUCCCAGGAAGCGAGGGACCAGGAUUUGAUGACUGUCUCGGUGACCCGGGUGCCCAACCUGGAGUCUACGGCGGUACCACAUUCACCCAAGGCGCUCCUUCCACCCCGGCCGCUCAUCCUGACAUCGCGACUUCUCAGUGCACGACUUACUCAUCCGUUGGAGGUGGCAGCGUUGACCUCGCCAGCGGAAGCCCGACGUCUUCUAGCAGUACGACCAGCGCAAGUGCCGCUAGCACAACUUCCAGUACCUCGUCUGCCAGUAUGAGCAUGUCGACCAGCAGCGCUGCAUCAUCGCGAUCUUCUGGCUCAAGUGCAAUGGCUACAGCUACGACCAGCCGAGCUUCUACAAACUCUGGCUCGUCAAACGCUUCGGGAUCAUCCUCCAGUGCUUCGGCUUCGGCCUCCCACUCUGGCGCCGCCGAUCGAAACAUGGUCACCGGAGGAUCAGCCUUGGUCGCCGGAGUCGCGGCUGUUAUGGCAAUGAUCCUGUAGACCCUCUCUCCUUCGAUUUUGAACUCAGUCGUCGGGCUCGACUAUCAUAGCCUUAUAAUCCAUCUCAUUCGGACAUUUGUGACCUCCGUGGACAUUUCAUGCAUUUCUCUGGGU